GGUCCGCAUGGGCACAUCAUGUACACUCAAGAUCUGGCAUGCUAAGCAGAGUGGGACCCGAAAUAAAUAAACACAGAAAUAAACAAAGGGGGAACUGAAGAGCCCCGGAACGGUUGACAAGGAGGAGGGUGUUUCUGCACGGACCGUUUUCAGCGAGCACGCCGGCGCGCUGGCUGGGCGGCCGCGCAUGCGCAGUGCCCCUUUCUCUUCGCUUCCCUCAGGAGCGGCAGCAUGGCGACGGACUCCUGGGCGCUGGCGGUGGACGAGCAGGAAGCGGCCGCCGAGUCGCUGAGCAACCUGCACCUGAAGGAAGAGAAGCCCAAGCCGGACGCCAAUGGGUCCGUUGUCAAGACAGAAGAACAUGCGGAGAAAGCCGAAGACGAGGAGAAAGAGGACCGGGCGGCCCAGUCCUUGCUGAACAAGCUCAUCCGCAGCAACCUGGUGGACAACACCAACCAGGUGGAGGUGCUCCAGCGGGACCCCUCCUCCCCCCUCUACUCCGUCAAGUCCUUCGAGGAGCUGCGCCUGAAGCCGCAGCUGCUGCAGGGCGUCUACGCCAUGGGUUUCAACCGGCCGUCCAAGAUCCAAGAGAACGCCUUGCCCAUGAUGCUGGCCGAGCCGCCGCAGAACCUGAUAGCGCAGUCCCAGUCGGGGACGGGCAAGACGGCGGCCUUUGUGCUGGCCAUGCUCAGCCGCGUGGAGCCCGACCACAGGCACCCACAGUGCCUGUGCCUCUCCCCAACGUACGAGCUGGCGCUCCAGACCGGGAAGGUCAUCGAACAGAUGGGCAAGUUUUACCCAGAACUCAAGCUCGCCUAUGCUGUCCGGGGCAACAAGCUGGAGCGCGGGCAGAAGAUCGCGGAGCAGAUCGUCAUUGGCACGCCGGGCACCGUCCUGGACUGGUGCUCCAAGCUGAGGUUCAUCGACCCCAAGAAGAUCCGGGUCUUCGUCCUGGACGAGGCCGACGUCAUGAUCGCCACCCAGGGCCACCAGGACCAGAGCAUCCGCAUCCAGAGGAUGCUCCCCCGGGACUGCCAGAUGCUUCUCUUCUCGGCCACCUUUGAGGACUCGGUCUGGAAGUUUGCGCAGAAGGUGGUGCCGGACCCCAACAUCAUCAAGCUGAAGCGGGAGGAGGAGACGCUGGACACCAUCAAGCAGUACUACGUCCUCUGCCACAGCCGCGAGGAGAAGUUCCACGCCCUCUGCAACAUCUACGGGGCCAUCACCAUCGCCCAGGCCAUGAUCUUCUGCCACACGCGCAAGACGGCCGGGUGGCUGGCCGGGGAGCUCUCCAAGGAAGGGCACCAGGUGGCCCUCCUCAGCGGGGAGAUGAUGGUGGAGCAGCGGGCAGCCGUCAUCGAGCGCUUCCGGGAGGGAAAGGAGAAGGUCCUCGUCACCACCAACGUCUGCGCCAGGGGGAUUGACGUGGAGCAGGUGUCGGUGGUGAUCAACUUUGACCUGCCGGUGGACAAGGACGGGAACCCGGACAACGAGACGUACCUGCACCGCAUUGGGCGCACGGGGCGCUUUGGCAAGCGGGGCCUGGCCAUCAACAUGGUGGACAGCAAGCACAGCAUGAACAUCCUCAACAGGAUCCAGGAGCAUUUCAAUAAGAAGAUCCACAAACUGGACACGGACGACUUGGACGAGAUCGAGAAGAUUGCCAACUGAGGCCUGUGUCGUCGUCCUCUUCUUAUCGGAUCCGGCGCCCGUCCGCAGGCCACAAAAGAGACACAACACCGGAAUUACGUCGGGAUUCGACACACGAAAACAACAACACAAGCGUCGGGAGGCUGGAUUUGGAUUUUGACGUUUCCGGUCCCGAGAAGAACGAUAACAAUCUGUAUCUUUCGUAUCUUCUCCGACGGCAUCGAAAGCUCCAAACCCACGGAGAUAUAUAUAUAUACAUACUUGCAUUUACUGGCGGAAAAGGAUAUAGUUUUGCAAAACGACGGCCAAACUUUCACUUGACUCUUGAUCCGUAAUCCCCGCUUUGAAGGAACAUUCGGAACAGUUAAUUCUGGACGGAUAUUUUGACAUUUUCCCGUGACCAAGAAGCCCAAAAAUGGACGGACGGAGGAGAUGCCGUUCUCAAACCAAUAGAUAUUUAUCUCUUCCUCGAAGAAGCGGAUGCGAUAACGGCAAAAUCCCCCAGUUUUAAGGUUUAUCCCGUUCUGUUUCCGAUCAUGAGGCUCCAAUCAUUGUUUUGUUGUUGUUCUCGAACGACGACAACAAAGACACCGAUUCCGGAUUUAUUUUUGCAAAAAGACGGGACUGCGAAUGCCUCCCGUCGCGAGCCAAAACACACUCCCCUUUUUUUGGAAAGUUAGUACCUACGUUUUUAGGGCGUUUGCUGUGUAGCCUCUUAGGAUGGCGCUCCGUUCGGCGUCGGUGGCUUUUUUGGAGGAGUUUUGAAGGCAGAGACUGUUUCGGAGACGGGAAUAAAGGCCACGUCAAGAUUGGACUGUUA